UUCUCCAAUAUGAAGACAAUCGUAUUUGCUGUCGUGGCACUAUUGGCCACUGCCAACGCUUGGCCUCAACCAAUCCGAAACUCAGACUCAGAAGAUUCGAGCUUUCUUCGAGAGGUUAUCAAUGAGGUCGUCUACUAUAUUAGUGAGGCGUUCAAACAGAAUGGACUUGACCCGUACGUCGCGAAAAAGAAGGAAUACACCUUUAUCGGCGAUAGGUUCUUGGCCAGUGGUCGCUAUGAUAACUUCGUGUUCUCAGGCCUCAGCGACAUCCGUGUCAACUCCGUUAGUUUAUCGGGCUCUGAUAUCAAUGUUUACAUUACUCUUCCUAGAAUUGCAGCUAAUUUUGACAAUUUUGUUGGUGACCUGACUAUUGGAAAUAGAAACUUACGAAGUGAAUUUAGCGGAAGCGUAGCACUUGUCGACCUUCGCUUGGAUGCACAUGUGUCACUGGAAUUCUCCGAUAACGUUCUUGACGAUUUGAACAUUUCAUGGCACGUUGGAAAAAUUGAAGUGAGUUUCUUCUCUUUCCUUCUUGUUUACUAUUAUUGUGCAGAAAUAAUCACUAUGAUAAUGUGCUGUUGCAAGAAUAUUUUCAUUCUGAGACAGAAACAAGAAAAAUCAUUCAAUAUGAAAAUCAUUGGUUUCGCCCUCGUUGCCCUGUUGGCUACUGCCAACUCCUUGCCUCAGCAAGUUCAAACCGCGGACUUAAAAGACUCGAGGUUCGUCGACCAGAUUGUCGCUGGUUUUAUUGAAUCUAUAAUUGAGCUGAUCAAGGAACGCGGACUUGACCCUUACUUCGUUGAGGUUGCUGAAGGAGAAUACUCUCUUGGCAGUUUCUUCCUCGCCAGCGGUCGCGUCGACAACUUCUUGUUCUCAGGCCUCAGCAACAUCGUCGUCAACUCAGUCAACUUCUCGGGCUCUGAACUGGACAUCGACCUCACUCUGCCUAGAAUUGCUGCCAGUGUUGGCAAUGUCGUUGGUGACGUGACUAUUGGAAGCAGAAACAUUCAAGGUGAAUUUAGUGGACGUGUAGCAAUUGUUGACCUUCGCCUGGUUGCUCGUAUCAGCCUUGGACUCUCUACAUACCUUCUUGAUGAUCUGAGCCUGUCAUGUCAACUUGGAGGCAUUGAAGCUGACUUUAGCUCCUUCAUUCUCCAAGACCGUGAUGUCACUGACAGUGUUAACAACUUCGUCGGAAAUACUUUGCCUACUCUUCUCAUCCAAUAUGAGGAACAAAUCAACCGUUUCUUCGAGAGAUUAAUCAUCCGUAUCGCCGAGCGUUUCUUCUAAGACAUCAACAUUAUUUAUUGUUAUAUUGAAUAAUGUAUCGAUUGUUAUAUUACCGACAUCUUGGACCACUUUCUAAUUUAAAUAAACUUCUAAAACAAUA